AUGGCCGAGGCACUCAUUUCCGUGCUUCUCGAACAACUGGCUUCGGUAACGUACCAACAAGUCGGAGAAGAGGUGAAGCUGGUUUUGAAUGCUAAAAAAGAUGUUGAUGCAUUUGCUGCCAACCUUGAAGCGAUUGGUGCUGUGCUUGAGGGUGCGGAGCAGAGGCAAGUGAAGGAGGCCAGCGUCAGAAAUUGGCUGGAGAAGCUGAAAGAUGUGUCGUACAAGAUGGACAAUGUGCUGGAUGAGUGGAAGACUGAAAUACUGAAACAACAAGUUGAGAAAGAAGAAGAGCACGGUGGAAGUACUUCUCUUGUUAAUAAGAAGAAGAAGAAGAAGGCGAUCAAAAGUCCGAAUGAAAAUUUAGAUGUGAUUGCUAAGCAAAGAGGAAGAUAUAACUUUCGAUUCACAGAGAGAGUGAUCAUUGAACAACCUGAGCGAGACGAAACUACUUCUUUUGUUGAUGCAUCUAUCAUAUUUGGUAGAGAAGAACAAAAGGAAGUUUUGGUUAGCUAG